GCACUACUGCGCAUCCGCGAAAUUUCGCUAGCGAAACGAAAACGGAAGAUCGUUGAGAAGCGGUUGAAGCACAAUUAAAGCAGGUUAAGGAUCCAUUUGCCCGAGAAGUGAAUUAGACGUCUGCAAAAAAAUAUGGAUUCGUCAUGUAGAAACACGAUAUGUGACUAAAGUAUAGGUUAUAUUUCUGCAUGGGACUUAUAACGGUCGUGAUUGUUUCAAAAUGUAUAAUUUGAAGCAUUUUUUCUGAAGAUGACGAAUUUAUUUGUGCAUAAUAUUAUCGUGCGUGUCAUGAAAAUGAAAAUUAGCGUGUUUCGUUGCGUUUUUGGAACCGAAGAUGCCAAAGUCAAAAGAAUAUCUGUCCGACACCGAUAGUAGCAGCAGUGAGGAGGACGUAAAAUCAAAGAAGAAGCAAAAGAGGGACAGAGAAGAAGAGAAAGAGCCGAAAGAGGAGAAGAAACCGGCGAAAAAGGCAAAAUCCGAGAAAACAGACGACGAUAAUAUUUGGGACUUGGGUAGCAAUCGCCAAGUGAAUGUGAGGAAUUUCAAAGGCAAAUAUUAUGUCGAUAUCCGGGAGAUGUAUUAUGACAAGGACGGCGAAUUAAAACCUGGGAAAAAAGGAAUAUGCUUAAGUAUGCCACAAUGGCGAAAGUUCAUGGACGUUGUGGAAGAGGUGGAUAAAGUGGCAAAAGAAAAGAGUUAAAGUUUCAAUUCUUACGAAAUGUAAUUCAAACAUGUGUUUUUUUUCCAUUUUACAUUUAUGAUUUUUCCAACGUUAGGAUUUUGAAAGUAUAAUUAUCAUAUUUUUUUAAUGCAGAUUAUAAAUAAUUCUGUGAAAUUCAAGAUUACAUAAAAUGUGAAAGCGUAUUAUUUGGAAAAUGUUCCUAUUUAAGAAAACUAAAUUUUUGUUGUAUAUCAUUUUAUUUGUAACGGAAAAAUAUUUUAUUUGCUAUUUUUUUUAUAUCGAACAAAAUGAUAAAAUUCUGAAAACUAAUGACAUUGAAUCCAGUUUGUUACAAAACUUUGUCAACUUUUUGAAAUCAUAAAUUAUAAUUUAUUGUUUAUUUCUAAUAUACUUUUCAUUUUUUGUAUACCAUGAAGAGUAUGGCAUGUACCGUACUAUUAAAAUAUAGCAGUUCCAAGUAUCA